AUGACCAUCACGGUCUCCCCCAAGCCCAUUGACCUCCAAACUGGCUGGCCCAACCCCGCCCUCCUCCCCGCCCCCAUCCUCCGCCAUUCCGCCACGACCGUACUGUCCAACCCCUCUAUCGCAACCCCAGCCCUCCUCUACGGCCCCGACGAAGGGUACGAGCCGCUGCGCACACACAUAGCCGCAUGGCUGAGCGAUUUCUACCAGCCGCGCGAGCCCGUCUCAUCGCAGCGCAUCUGCAUCACCGGCGGGGCCAGCCAGAACCUAGCAUGCGUGCUGCAAACCUUCACAGACCCGGUCUACACGCGGAAUGUAUGGAUGGUCGCACCGACGUACCACCUGGCCGCGCGCAUCAUGGACGACGCCGGCUUCGCCGGGCGCCUACGCGGGAUCCCCGAAGAUGACGAGGGCGUCGACAUAGCGGUGCUGGAGAGCGGCUUGCGCGCUGCGGAAGAUAUUGCCCUGCGCGAUGGGAAUACCGAGCCGAAAAUGAAACCGCCCAGGCCCUGGCGCAAAAUCUACAAGCAUGUCAUUUAUGCUGUGCCGACUUUUGCGAAUCCCUCGGGGAAGAUUAUGUCCCUGCGUAGACGUGAGGCGCUCGUUCGCCUCGCCCGUCAGUACGAUGCGCUUAUCGUUACGGACGAUGUGUACGAUUUCCUUCUGUGGUCGGCUAAGCCGGAGGGAGAGGAGAAUUUCGGUGACCGCGCAUGUAUCCCGCGCAUUGUCGAUGUGGACCGCUACGUGGACGGUGGUCCACAGGAUGAAUGGGGGCACGCACUAAGCAACGGCAGUUUCAGCAAACUAAUCGGGCCUGGGGCCCGCACCGGCUGGGCCGAGGCUUCCGAAAAGGUUGCCUAUGGAUUAUCACAAACAGGCUCUUCCCGAUCGGGCGGCGCUCCUUCCCAUUUAUGCGCCGCUAUCAUUGACCAGAUGUUCCCUACAGGCAUACAAAACCACAUCCGGGACGUCCUACAACCGAAAUACGCUCAGCACUACCACACCUUGCUAUCAGCAAUCCAUGAGCAUCUCCUUCCGCUGGGCGUCACAGUCCCAGCGCCUGCCGCGACGGCGGGUGGCUACUUCAUGUGGAUUGGUCUACCAGCGCCGUUGCUCGCCGCCGACGUAGUCCAGCUAGCGCUGAGCGAAGAAAAUCUGCGUGUAUCUCCAGGUGAUGUUUUUCAGGUCCCCGGAGACCCGCAGGUGACUGAUGAGGGGUUUUCGGAUCAUCUGCGUCUCUGUUUUGCGUGGGAAGAGCCACGACACUUGACCGAGGGCAUGCGUAGGCUAGCGCGUGUUCUCAACCGUAUGACUCGUACCCAGGUCUAA